GAGUUUCCUGUCUGCCACUGUGGGAAUGCCCAUAACACACUCCCCCUGCCUAAGCUGUUGGCCUCCAUUAUAUAAAGCUUCACAGUGAGAGGCAGUCUCACACAGAACCAAGGACACAACAACAGUCUCACAGACGAGUUUCUGGGACGGAAAAUCUGACCUAAUAAUGAUGACCUUCCAACUCCCCACAAUAAAUCUUCGGAAGAAAAGUAAAGGUGAAGCAGACGCUGAGUCUGAAUGCACUACCGUGGUUGAACAACAAUCAAAGGAGAAAUGCAAAAAUAAGACAAAAAUUCUAAACCUAUUAAAAAAAAAAUAUGAUAAAUUGCAGAGAAAAGGAGAGGUACCAGACACUCCAGAUGCCACAGUAAUUUUGGAUUUCAUCCAGAAUGUAGAACAGAAUCAUUUGUCAGAAGCUAGCCAGCAACUUUUAGCACAGGAAGAUCACCUCUUCAGAUGCCAGUCAUCAGAUGCAGAAGUGACUUGCACUGAGGAUGAGGAGGACAGUUUGCAGAAGAACUACGAAACCUUGAUGCUUCAUCUAAGAAUGGCUGUCAAUGAUUCCUUUAACAAGGAGAAUCAGGAGAAACUGAGAAGUGCUGUAAUGGUUAUACAUCAGCAGGAGGAAAAAGACAGGCAUUGGGAGAAAGCAACGGAAGAGAAAGGUCCAUGCUGGAGGCCGCUAAGAUGCAAAGAGAUUCAUGACAUGUUACUCAAGGAGUUAAUCGAGGUACGGCUGCAGCAAGCAAACAAAGAAGAGAACGGGGCAGACAACCUGUCCACUUCCCUGAAGAGAGAGGUGUGUCGGAUGGGCAAGCGCAUUCAAAAGGAUCUACUCCAAGUUGUCCAAGACGUGCAGCAGUGUUAUACAUCAGACUUUGACAUUUGCAAUAUGUAUGUUCAGCUCUACCAUCAAGCUUUCUCUGCAAAACUGACUGAGUUUGCUCAAACCAACUUAGACAUCCAAGACUGCACCUACAUACUACGCUGGAUUCAUGUUUACUAUCCAAAGGAUAUUUUGAAACAGAAUGAGCUGGCACCACACAUCAAGACUGAAUCAUUAGGAGCUUUGUUAACUGAGGAAGCUCGUAAGGCACUAGAGGAGCAAUAUCUGUCACACAAAGAGAUGGAGGUCAGGACAUGGUUGUCCAACGCUCUUAAAAAAGAAGAGGAAAUUUGGCAGACGAGUAAUAAACCUGCUCUCAUUGAUGGGUUCCCCAUCUCCACCCUUGCUGUGGAUCUUAUACCUAUUAUUAACGGAUCCAUAAAGGAGACGGUGGAUAUUCUGGGUAACAGAGAUAAUGGUCAAAGAAUUCUGGUUCUGUUGGAAAGUUUCCUAAUGAGCUAUAAGAAGUCCUUGACUGAUCCUAAAGGAAGGCACAUCAGUCUCCCAGACAUCCUGAAAGCCAGUCUGUUUAGCAUCAAGCAGUUUCGGGAGUAUAUCGAGAAACAGGAGAAUCUCCCAGAUGACAAGAAAGUAACUUUGCUGUCCAUUGUCUCUGAGAUGAGAAACUUCUGUCACAGUUAUUUUCUCAGCCCCAUUCACAAGAAGCUCAAGGAUCAAUAUCGUAAGCUAUGGACUCAAGCCUGGCUUUCAGAAAGUCAAACGAUUGUUGGAGAGCUGAUAAGCACUCUGGAGGACAUGGUUCAGGAUUUCUCAGACAUACAGACUGACUGCAUGAAGGAGCUAUUAAGCCAGCUGCAUUCUGAAGUGAUGACAGAAUAUGUGAAGAGGAUGUUAAAGGUGAAACUGAAACUAAAAGACAAGGACGACCAGGAGGCAGCUGCAGGCUUUCUGUGUGAGGACAGUGUGAGAAUAAACUCACUGUUCAUCAGAAUCGGAUCUGAAGAGAAAUGGCUUUCCAGUAUUUUACCUAAAAUAUCAGAAGUAGUGAGGCUGCAGGACUCAGGAGCACUUCAGCUUGAAAUUGUUACACUGGCUCAAACCUACCCUGACAUCAGCGAAUGCCAAGUCGUUGCACUCUUGGACCUGAAGGCAAACCUCUCCAAAGCAGAAGUGCGUAACAUCAAAAAGAGCCUGAAUGAAAACAGGAAUUUACUGAAUACUGAGUCUACAGCAGCUUUCUUCUGUAAAGUGCCUGUAAAAAAAAACUUACGGACUGUGUUUUAAUUAACAAA